GUCCAUGCCAAAUGCCCGCGAGAGGGAAGCCGGUACUCGCAGUCCCUCGCAACAUCGGGGGCCCACGCCGGCUGCCCACAGCGCCCGUGAGCGCCACCUGCUGGUCGUCCCUUCUGCGCACGCGCGCGUUACCCGGCUGUUUGGCAUGCGCGUCUUGUUUGGUCCCGACCGCGCGCCGUCCAGGGCUCGGGUGGUUGCUAUAGAGACCGACGAGCGGCCUGCCUGUGGUCUGCGGGAAACGAGCCGCGGCGGCGACCCAGGGCUGCUGGCGAUCAGAGCGCCAUGUCUUUCCGCGAUCUCCGCAAUUUUACAGAGAUGAUGAGAGCCUUAGGAUACCCUCGACAUAUUUCUAUGGAAAAUUUCCGCACACCAAAUUUUGGACUCGUAUCUGAAGUUCUCCUCUGGCUUGUGAAAAGGUAUGAACCUCAGACUGACAUCCCUUCUGACGUUGAGACUGAACAGGACCGAGUUUUCUUUAUUAAGGCAAUCGCCCAGUUCAUGGCAACCAAAGCACAUAUAAAACUCAAUACUAAGAAGCUUUAUCAAGCAGAUGGGUAUGCCGUUAAAGAACUAUUGAAGAUCACAUCGGUCCUUUAUAAUGCUAUGAAGACCAAAGGGAUGGAGGGCUCUAAGAUAGGAGAGGAAGAUAUCAGCAAGUUCAAGUUUGAUCUUGGCUCAAAGAUUGCAGAUCUGAAAGCAGCCAGGCAGCUCGCCUCUGAAAUCACCUCCAAAGGGGCGUCUCUCUAUGACUUGCUGGGCAAGGAGGUGGAGUUGAGGGAACUGAGAACAGAAGCAAUUGCCAGACCUCUGGAAAUAAAUGAGACUGAAAAAGUGAUGAGAAUUGCGAUAAAAGAUAUUUUGGCACAGGUUCAGAAGACUAAAGAUCUGCUCAAUAAUGUGGCCUCCGAUGAAGCCAAUUUAGAAGCCAAAAUUGAAAAGAGAAAAUUAGAACUGGAAAGAAAUCGAAAGCGGUUACAGACGCUGCAGAGUGUCAGGCCAGCCUUCAUGGAUGAGUAUGAGAAGAUUGAGGAGGAAUUGCAAAAGCAGUACGACGUCUAUCUGGAGAAGUUUCGGAACCUGGCUUACCUGGAGCAGCAGCUAGAGGACCAUCACAGGUUGGAGCAGGAGAGGUUUGAGGAAGCUGAAAAUACUCUGCGUCUGAUGCAGAACAAGCUGAAGGAAGAAGAAAAGCGACUGCUCAAAAGUGGAAGUAAUGAUGAUUCCGACAUCGAUAUCCAGGAGGACGAUGAAUCCGACAGUGAGUUGGAAGAGAGACGGCUGUCGAAGCCGCGGACAGCCAUGGAGGUGCUCAUGCAAGGAAGACCCAGCAAGCGCAUCGUGGGCACAAUGCAGGGUGGCGACUCCGACGACGACAUGGAAGCAGUUCCAGCUCACUUAGGUAAAUGCAAGACUUCCAGCUCCAAGAAGCAGGAAGAUUCAGAGGACAGUGAAAUUGACAUGGAAGACGAUGAAGAAGAUGAUGACGAUUUGGAAGACGAGAGCAUCGCACUCUCUCCGGCUAAGCCCAGUCGAAGGAUCCGGAAACCUGAGCCCCUGGAUGAGAGUGACAAUGACUUCUGACCUUCUUGCCAAAGGACCCAGGCAGUUUAGAAUCCUCAGAUUAUAGGUAAACAAGAAAGUAGAAAUUUCAGAAGGUAACCUGUAUUUUGUUUGCUAAGCCAGCUGGACUCCUUGUUACUGUUUCCACUGGGGCCACCUGUGUUUGUAUUCCAUAAACUGAAAUAACACCAAUGCGUACCCAAAGACUAUUUGUGUGCCCCUUUUACCUCCUAAAACUUGGGAAGUACAUAUGUUCAUAGUGAUUCACAUCCACAGGACAAAAACUCAAGGAGAAGAAAGGUACAUGCUGUCUAAGCCUUGCUUCUGUUAUUACACUUUCCCUUUAAGAAUCCAUGGGGCAGACCUGGGGUUGGAAUGUGGCACAAAACCUGGUUUUGGGAAUUUGAGGGGAACGUCUGAUUGUUUAUCACUUGCACAGUUUAGAAAUUUACUAUGCGUCAGCUUUUAAUUCUAGUCUUUAUUUUUUCUUAGAAUCUUACUUUCUUCUGCAUGCUCACAAUACCAAGUUCUAAACGAAUUUUACUAACAUUUUGAUCAUCUGAAAGGUUAGCCAAGUUAGAUAAAAACUAGUUUUCCUUGAAAACCAGACAACAGAGAGAGGCUCUGUAUUAUAAAUAUUUCUUUUUCUCUCAGAAAGCUGACGUUCCUCAGGGAGUCAGCUCUCCCUUGGAUUAGAGACGCCGUCAUGUUUCCACGGUGUGUCUAACGUCGGAAGCCCGGCCAGGCUGGGUGGAGGCAGCCUUCAGACGGUCCACACCCUGUGCUGGCAGCAGCGGGCACACGCUCCUUCCCACCAGCCGGCUUUGCUCUGACAAAACCUUUUUCUUGUGUAAAGUCUCCACAAAGGAAAGGGGAGCAGGUUUCUUGCAUUUCACUCCCAGGGCAUCUCCUUAGGGGAAGGAGCAAAUUGAGGAAAAAGUUUCCUACAGGUUUGUGUUUCUGAUUUAUAAAAUAAGCCAGAAUUGAAUUGGGUAGAGUAGCACUAGAAGAAUUUCCCUGUUGUGAAAUGAGAAUGAGAGAUGGUUAGUGUUGUUUUGUUUUGUUUUUGUCUUUUAUACGAAAAGCAUGGAACGGUUUUCCCUUAUUUAACAAUUUUAAGGUCAGACAACUUCUGAAGUUGCUUAUGUUUUAGAUGUGAACUUAAUACCGUAUUUUUAUAAUAUUUGAUAUGUUUUACUUGAAAUUGUAAUUGUUUGCACCUAGAGCAAAUAACAAGAAAAAUUCACAGGUCAAUAAGAUAUGUGUAAAUUUUAGGAGACUAUGUGACAGUUUCUAUCUUGCUUUUUUCCCCUCUGUGUUUUCCUAAAUUUUGUGUAGGAGAUAACCCUUUUUAAACAAAUGAAAAAGGAAAUAGCUGUGCUGAGGACCCCAUUAACUAUCUCAGACACCGUGGCACCUCAGGCGCCCGAGUCUGGCGUAGUCUUGGAUGUUAUGGCUUUGGUUCACCUGAGUCUGGCCUGAUGUAUAUUUUUUAAAAACACAGAGGUGUAUUUAUGUUUUCCUUAUGUGAUGCUUCCUUCUCAUGGCCUUUAAUCUGGAAGCCCAAGCUCAUCCCCACGUUGUGCCUGCACAUCAUCAUGUCACCUGCUCUUGACCAUCCUCCACCCGUUGGCUCCCUGACUUGGUGCAGAGUCUCCCAGUGAUACGGGGCUUCCUUGCUGGAGCACUUUCUGUCAGCAAAGGAGUUCCAAGUACUCGAUCAUUGUUGUUAGUGUAUUUUGGUUCAUUAUAAUGGAUCCAGGUGUCAGAUAUGUGGAAGUCCUUAUGUCCUGGUGCUCAUUUAUUUUUGGCCAAGCAGUAGAAUGCAGACCUCAAGCCCCAGAGAACAGUGCAUGGGUAGUUAAAUGAAAAACUAGCGUGGGAUCACUGCUGGCAAUUUUUACUAUGUAAUCAAAGGACCUCUUCAAGUGUUUUAAAAUAUAUAUAUUGACAGAAACAAUAAAGGAAUGUUUCAAA